GAUAAAACCGUCAGGCAGGAGAAAUAAGCAGCGUCUGAUGCGCGCUUCUCCAGCCGCUCGCUGGUCUAUGGAAGCGUGCUUCCGUCCAUUACGCUGCACACUUGCAGGUGCUGAGAGAUAGCGUUUUAGCAUCAUUACCAACCUUAGAAUAAAAUACAGUAAAUAUAGUAAUAACUGCAUUUCCUCGAAAGAUGGUAGCAAAACAGAGGAUCCGAAUGGCAAAUGAGAAGCACAGCAAAAACAUAACACAGAGAGGGAACGUGGCAAAGACACUGCGACCGCAAGAGGAGAAAUACCCUGUAGGGCCCUGGCUCCUGGCUCUCUUCGUAUUUGUUGUAUGUGGAUCAGCCAUCUUUCAGAUCAUACAGAGUAUCAGGAUGGGCAUGUGAGCACCUGAUCUCGGUGGAGUGUCUACCUUUUGCAGUCACUGGGGGACCAGGUGGCUGUUAGCAAUGAUUCGAAGGAGGACUGGCAGUUCUGCAGGGAUUCUUUCUCAGCAAGGAAGCCAAGGAGCAGGAGCCCUUGUUCACAUUGUCGUUCACAUGUUGACAACGUCCUCAGCUGAAGGGGCGCAAUGCUUUUCUACUGGUACCAUAUCAGGUGGCAUUUGCCCUUUAUGCAUCUUACCAUUCUCCUGAUCCAUGUCUGUUUUUGCCAUCAAGUAAGUUAAUCUAUGUGCCAUAUACUAUUUGUAUAGUUACAUGUGUG